GUCAAUCCCAAGCCCAAGUCCGGAGAACCCUUGGUUAUCACCGAGGCGGAGAUGCACACCUUCAUGUCUUUCGAGGAGUUCACCCAAUAUCGGGAAUCCCGAAGCAAAAACCUACAACUCUUAUACGAGGACCUGAUGACGGUCCCGUAUACAAAGAGUAUCCAAGGAACGCAAGACUGCCGCGAUGCUCUUAAUGCGGUCUCUGGACAGUUCCAUUUGUCUGAUCAAAACCCCGAAAUGAAAUGGAUUUUGCAGCUUUACUCAGACGACGUGCUCAAACGGUUUGGGGGGAUGACUCUUGUGGAGAAGCGGUUUUUGCCUGUUGGUAUUUUGGCGAUGAUGAAAGAGAAGAGGGUGAAGUGGAAUAUGGUUUUGUAGGUUUGUUCUUUUGGUGGGAUUGAAUGGAUACGUCUACCUAAAUACUAGUCAAUAAG